UACUUGCCGAUUAAAUUGGAAAGAUUCGGAUAUCUCUGUUUCCUUGUACUGUUUUAGGAAUCAUGGGGACGAUACGACGGCUGUCCACGACGAUGCUGUUGUUAAUGAUGCAUUCCGCUCAGCUCGAUGCUCAUCGUGAACACAAGGUUCACAACAUCGUGCUGUAUCCAGAUAAGCAUAGCUGGUGUAAGACAACGCCGAUAAAGCAAGUGGUGACAUGGCCUCAGUGCUCUUCGCAGGAAUUGGACAAUAACGUAUGCGUCGGCGCUUGUUUCUCAUACAUGGUCCCUCAUAGCGAGCCGUCCGCACCCGGUGAUCUCAUAAGACCUUACUGCGAUUCUUGUCAACCUCUGGACAGCGUUUGGCACACUGUUACACUAGAUUGCAAGGACGAGCAGAAAAAUCCAGUGACCAUGCAGAAGAAGGUGCAGAUUAUCACAAACUGCUCCUGCAGCUCCUGCAUGGAAACCUCGAAAAUCAAACCGGACUACAACACUUUGCUGCAGUCCCUGACGGAAGAGAACCUGGACAAGAACGUGAACGUAGCGCACGAAACACCAGAUUUGCUACUGGAUCCGAAUUUGAAUGCCUCGAAGAACACGACGAGAGAUGGAGCUCAGACUAACGAACGAUUCCUUCAACUUUUCAAGAAACUGAAAGAGUCGCAGAAACUGGACGAAUCCGGUUUGAAGGAAUUCUCCAAGUUCGAGGAGGAGGAGAUUGAUUUGGAGAAGCUGCGGGAGCUGUUCAAAAAGUAUAGCGAGGGAGACGAAGAGGAAGGCCAGCACGAGCAUCAUCAUCAGCACCAGCAUGAGCAUCAGCAUCAGCAUCAACAUCAGCAGCAACCGCAACAGCACCUACAUCGCGGACCCCAUCAUUCUCUGGUGCUAGACUCGGACGUGAAGGAGAAGAUCGACGUGGAGCCGCAUUAUCUGCAUCCCGCCGUCGCCGGUCAAGAGAUCAGUUAUCACGACAACAUCCUGGUAGGCAAGGAGAAGAAGAAGAAAGAUUUCUAAACGCUUGCCGAAGCGUGAUUUGUCGUCGAACGGAUGUCACCUUUGUUCGCCAUGCUCGAAAAAUUCGUAGAAGUGAGUCGAGAUCCUUAUAAAAAGCGUUUGUCGUGUAGGUAUUUUGAUAAGCGAACAAUUUGGAGUACGCUAUUUGAUUUUGAUUCUUAAGUAUUUAUUUCCGUAGCAAUAAUUGGAUCGGAUGAGAUAUUAAUUGUUGAUAUAUUUAUUGCGAAUCAUGAUAAAAUUAUUUUUGCAAAAGAUACCUUUUAUAUUUUAUAUAAGAAAGCUUAUAUUAUAUGGUACCAGAAACUAACAUGCGAAUUAAAAAUAAAUAUGAAUACAAUGUUUCAAAAUUAAUUAUAUUGGAUUCGCUGAGGAUGAGAAAGAGAAAUAGCAAGAGCAUAAGAUAAAAUGUGAAAGGAUUGAGGCGUAUUGAAGAAAAUUUUAAUAUAUAUUUAUAUAAUUGUUAUUAUAUUAAUUAAUUAUUUAAAGAGUUGCAGAGCACAAUUGGGUGUUUAACUCGACUUUAGACACAUAGAAUGACGCUUUAGCGUCAGUCGAGAUCUACAUCUUGACCGAUGAACGUAUGAAUAAUACUCUCGAGUCCGAAUAUCAGUCUUGAUAUGACGUCAACUACUAUGACGUACGCAUUGUAUUAUUCUCCUAGAGAAUAAAGAUCGUCGAUGGUACGUA